UGGGUCCUCAGUACACUGUCGACUCUCGUGGUGGGUAGACGUGUCUACCUCGCUCCUCCAUCUAUCGGGGACUAUCUAUCGACCAGAGUGAGAGUAGACACUAUCUAUCGAGUAGACAGUGAAAGUAGACACUAUUGAGUAGACAGUGAAAGUAGACACUAUCGAGUAGACAGUGAAAAUAGACACUAUCGAGUAGACAGUGAAAGUAGACACUAUCUAUCGAAAACAGUGCAACUAGACACUAUUUGUCGGAUAGAGUAGACACUAUCGAGUGAGUAGACACCACAUAGGCCUAGUGUGUCUAUCUGGGCAAAAAAAAAUAAAGUGAACGAGAAAAACAACAGGAAAAAUACAAGAAAAAACAUUAAAACCAAGAAAAACCGAUUAAAAACCAAGAAAAACCGAUUAAAAACCAAGAAAAACCUAUAAAUAAUCAAGAAAAAACAAUUAAAAACCAAGAAAAACCUAUAAAAACCAAGAAAAACCGAUUAAAAACCAAGAAAAACCUAUAAAAACCAAGAAUCGAUUAAACCAAGAAAAACCUAUAAAAACAAGAAAAACCGAUUAAAAACCAAGAAAAACCUAUAAAAAAACAAAGAAAACUCGAUUAAAAACCAAAAAAGCUUAAAAACCGUGAGAAACCCAAAUAACGAGAAAAAGGGAUUUAAAUAAAGGUUAAACCCUCAAAAAACCCAAGAAAACCGGGAAAACCCAGGGAAAAAACGUGAAAACCCAAGAAAACCGGGGAAAAACCGUGAAAACAGGAAAAAACCGUGGAAAAAACCAUAAAAACUAGGAUAAAUCCACAAUAAACCAGACAAAACGUGAAAACCCCAUAAAAAAAACAAUAAACCAGAAAAACCCACAAGAAAACCGGAAAAAACGUGAAAAACCUGUAAAACCGAAUAUUUUUGGCUAUAAUUUCCAGUGAGGGAAAUUUUGGUUUAGUUUCUAGUGAUUUAAGUAGGCCUACCGUCGGACCCCCUCCCCCCUCCAUGGCCUCAUAGAGGCCUAAAAAAAAACGGGAUUUUUGGGGAAAAAAAUUCACGACGUAUCGAGCAACAAGGACAUAACAACCAGCAAUGGAACAAGCCAACAACAUGGAUCUGGAACUUUUCGAAGCUCUUUUGGCCAACAUGCAACAGAGUUUACCUCAGGGUAGCUACGAUGAUGUUGAUGAUGAAGACGAAGAUGAUGAUUACGAUGAUGAAGAUGACGAUGAAGAUGAUGAUUAUGACUAUGGUGGCCAUGAGCACAACAUUCAUACCAUGGCCAACCCCUUCGGUGGGGGUGAUGGGGGCGGGGCCAUGGGUAGUGGGGACAUGAGUUCCCUGCCUACCAUGCAGACCAUGAGUAUAUUGCAGGGUUUGUUGAAUAUGAACCCUGCUGCCCUCCCUGGUGGGGUUCCAGAUCUGGCAGGGGGGCUUAGUGGCCCCAUGAACCCUGGGAUGGCAGGUAUGGGGGCCCCCAUGGAUGGGGGAGCUGGUAGUUUCCUGUCAAAUAUGCCCUCAUUUCUCCCUGCCAUGAAUCCUGAGAUGGCAGGGUCUCUAGCAGGGGCAUUUGCAGGGGGCAUGAGUGCCCUGAUGGAUGGGUUCACUGGAGGUAAUAGCGGGGCAACUAUCCAUGAGUAUGAUGAGGAUGAUGAGUUGUUGUCGGAUGAGGAAGACGAGGAGGAUGAGGAUGAUAUUGAUGAGAGAGUGGGCAUGGGUACUGUGGCUACAGCAGCGGCAGGGGUAGCUGUGGGAGGCCUCAUGGCCCCUGGGAUACUUGGGUCCCACCCAGGGCAUGGGGCCAUACCAGGGCACACUCAGCACCCUGGUAAUGCCAUGCUCUCUGGGCAUCCUCCUACAAUAGGCUUCACACAUGGCUAUACCCCAGGCGACAUGAUGCCCUCGCCCUCUUGUCACACCCAGAUGCCCCACAUACCCACACCAAUGCACCAUACCAACAUGGCCCCUAGCAUAAGCGGGGGCACUGUCAGAAGCGUCGACCCACUGGCUGGCAUGCCCAUGGCUCUAGCUGGCAUUGCAACAGGAGCCAGCAUACUGGCUCCUGUUGUCAACAGUCUUUCCUCCUGUGGUGGACAGUCACUGACUAAAUUGAACAGUUCUGACACCUCAAGUGUCACCCUUGUUGGUAAUGACUCUCUCAAUAGUUCCACAAGAACGCUACCUACAGGGGAACGUCAAGUGGACCAAUCUCUAAACGGCUCUACAAGAACGCUACCUACAGGGGAACGUCAAGUGGACCAGUCUCUAAACGGCUCUACAAGAACGCUACCUACACUGGAACGUCAAGUGGACCAAUCUCUAAACGCCUCUACAAGAACGCUACCUACACUGGAACGUCAAGUGGACCAGUCUCUCAACAGUUCUACGAGAACUUUACCUACAAGUGAACGUCAGGCUGAUGCUGACGUCUUAGCUGCAACAUCAGCUCUUGAAAAGAUGCACAUCACCCCUCAGAAAGCCGAUGCGAAGCUUCCUAGUCAAGCUCCAGCUCCAGCCACGAAAGAGGCUGCAAAAGACAGUAAAGAGGAAGUUGAAAGCGAAGAUGAAGAAAAUGAAAUUAUUGAAGCAAGGGAAGAAGAUGCCAGGCCUACAAGAGUGGUAUCCCCUUUGAGCAAGCAAGAGGCGCCAAAGUCGACUCUUGGAGUAGUCCCAGUUCCCGGGGCUGACGUUGCUGAUGGGAAAUCAGACACUGAGAGCGUCAGAAAGAAGACCCCAUCUCCAGUUUUGCUGGAUAAGUUGGGUAGGUUAAGCCCUACAGGUAGUGAGUCUACUCCAGUCUUGGAGUCAGCUAGCUGUGCCUCCAUGAGUGACUUAGCUAGUGCUACUGAAUCCAUGCGGGACUCAGAUACUGACAACCACUCAGAUGCUCACAAUGUAACAGCCAAUCUAUCAGAUCUGGACAAUGAUUUGCAGGAAAGUCAGCAGAAAACCAGACCUGGCCCACAAUAUGCCGUAGGCCCACUGCCAUUUAUCAUAGAAAAGCCAACCUUCGGAUGGCAGUGCAUGAUAGGCCUAGACACAGCCAAGGAGGCCUUAAAAAACCUUUUUGUGAGUGAAUCCUUCCCCGAAGUAUUCGAGGGGACACAAGGUACUUGCAAAGGUGUACUCCUAUUUGGCCCAUCAGGGUCUGGAAAGACCUGUCUAGCAAGGGCACUAGCUAAAGAGGCCAACGAUGCCAUAUCAAUAGGUAUAUCAUCAGCAUAUCUCGCUACCCAGCCGCCACAUGAUACCCCGAGGAUUGUGAGGUACAUGUGACAUGCUAGGCUGCAUGGUCCAGCAGUUAUUCUCUUCGACGAGGUUCAUGCACUUAGUUACGACCGGACCAGCGAGACGGCGAUCAGAGCAAAGGCUGAAUUACUUGCCCAAAUCAGAGGGACAACCACGCUACAUCCGCCUUAUCCAUCUCGCAUCGACGCUAACUCCAUCAACGAAGGGAUAAUGGUCCUGGGAACCACUAACCAGCCCUGGAUGUUAGAGGACCAACUAAGAAGAAUAUUCACCUAUAAUAUCCAUGUCAAACUUCCGGGAGAGAAGGCAAGAGAGGAACUGUUCAGGAUGUUCCUGCAAUCCUUAUCCCACACCAUCAAUAAUGACCAGUUUAAGUGUCUAGUGGCUAAAAGUGAAGGGUACUCAGCAGCUGACAUCAACACUGUACUCAGACAAGUACCUAGAGUACCAGCCAGUGAUGGUAGCAAGUACAUACAGAAUGUACCACCACCUCUUACAUAUGACGACCUCGCUACAGUAAUGACAGACUACAGAUGCGGCUUUACUGAAGAGAUAUCAGUGAGAUAUCAGACCUACAUCAAGGCUGCAACCCACAGAACAGAAGAGAGACGAGAUGACUCCAAGAGCGACAAGAGCAACAAACCCAAAGGGGUGAGGAAAUUCGGUCAGAAGAUUGCCAAGUCCAUCGCUGCCGCGCUCGUUGCUGUGAUAGAUUAAGCCUCCAAUAGAUAGUCAUGAAAAGACAGGCCCUGGAGGAAGGUCCAUCCCCACGUUACACCAUUGCAUCAGCCUGGGACGAGGUCGUUGCAAGUCGCUUCGGUGUAAUUAACAGUGUCUGUGAUGUAGAACUCUCUUUUUGGUUUUAGACCUACACUGACCACAACCCAGGCUGAGUACGCAUGACUGAGUACCGUCGCUGGUCAUUGCGACAAUGGCGUUCGCAUUUUUAAGAGUUCGAAGUGCACUGGGGGCCCUCAACUGGGGUCAAAAGUCCAUAGUCACUUGAGUCAUUUCUUAAAUACCCCAACAAGAACAACAACCACAAUCUACAAGCAAUAUAUGCCUAGCAGUCUUCCCUACCAGCGAUAGUCGACCAUACCCACAAUCCUGCAGGCAGCCACUUAUAGUGCAGCCUGCAGUCAAGGUUUACUGGAUGCCUAGCAGCCUGCAGUCAAGGUUUACUGGAUGCCUAGCAGCCUGCAGUCAAGGUUUACUGGAUGCCUAGCAGCCUGCAGUCAAGGUUUACUGGAUGCCUAGCAGCCUGCAGUCAAGGUUUACUGGAUGCCUAGCAGCCUGCAGUCAAGGUUUACUGGAUGCCUAGCAGCCUGCAGUCAAAAUUUACUGGAUGCCUAGCAGCUUGCAGUCAAGGUUUACUGGAUGCCUAACAGCCUGCUGCUUGCAAGAAUAUUGCAGUGUUCUGCUUGCAGUGAUAGUGACUUCAGAAAAACAGUUUCCUCAUGAACUAGAGGUACUGAUAAGUGCUGUCGAAGGCCUCUCUGAAGUUCAUGGUGCUAGGAGCCAUUAGGCACCUACUCGCUUGUGGUUUGCUGAAGGUUCUGCUGAAGUACCAGGUGUUCUGUGCCUUAAUUAAGCACAAACUGUGCUCUGCUGUGCCUUGCUGUGCUGAAGCACUGAUCGUACUCUACUGUAAGCACAAUAGUGUGAGAAUGCUGUGAAGGUAGCCAGGCUAACACACCAAUGAACCUCCACUAACUACCAUCACUCAAAGCUGUGGUAACUCACUAUUAAUGAAGACGGCUGGCCUAUGCUGUACAAAUCUCCGAAGUUGAUAAACAUUCAUUUCACCUAAGUCACUUGAUCUCAAAAAAUUAUAUAAGAAAUAAACUUCCCUUUCUAUAACGUAGUUAAAUGUUUUUUAGUGAUUUUUCAAAGUGAUAAAUAUAACAGUAAGUGUACUAUUAUUAUUGUUAUUAUUAUUAUUAUUAUUAUUAUUAUUAUUAUUAUUAUUAUUAUUAGUUGUUAUUUACAGUUGGUAUGGAAAUCAUUAAAGGAAAUUCAAUACCAGUCAGGAAUAUAAUGGAGUGACGCAAAGUGACGUAUCCAAGGAUAAGACUUACUGUAAAGGAUAUUUUUUGUAUUGGUGGGCAUGCUACUAGCUACUGUGUGACUAAGAAAUGCUUAUGUAUGCCACAGAGGCAUGGGGUCAGAGGUAUGGGGUGCAUACUAUAUGGCAUUGUUCCAACCUGCUCUUCUGCGCUUGGGGUGGAUUCGCAAAUGGCCUCUUUUCGCUGUUCUGGCAGGAUAUAUACCCCUCUAAAAGUGUUUUGAAGUGUAAAUGUCGAUUUGAAAUAUAUUUUAUGGUCCUAGCUGCCUACUGCGUCCUUUUAAGAAUGUCAUUAUGUGUGAUGGUACAGAUAUUUCAAAGGUUCGAAUUGCAAGAUGCAUUCGGAAGAUGAAUUAUCUUGGGUUCAAGUGGUUCUGCUUGUUACGCUGUUGUAAGUGCUUAGGGUGGGUCCAGGGGCACUCUUUAUUGACUAGGAUUCUACAGAAGCAAGAGUGCCUCCUUGUAGAAGCCUAUGAGCACUUACCAAUGGUUCUACAGCCUUGGAUGUGUAGGUUAUGUAGUGUGACUGCAGUGAAGGUGCAGUAUUGAAAUGGUGUGUUACUGCAGUGAUUGUUCAGGACUGCAGUGAUGUUGCAGGACUGCAGUGAAGGUGUGGGCCUACAGUGAUGUUGUAGGCCUACAGUGAAGGUGUAGGCCCACAGGACGGUGCUUAUCCUAGGCUGGGGUGAAGGAAUCCAGCUUAUUGCUUUAAUCUGUUUCACAGUUCUACAGUAAGGUAAUUUGUGAAGGUAAUUUGUGGACACAGCCAUAGAGAAGAAAUCCGGUGUGACGUUUCACCUGUGGAAUCAAAGUCUCUGGCAGGGGCAAAACGUCUCUCUAAACCUGUUCUCCGCAAUUGUCUCUCACAGUGAACUUUUUAAAUGGGCUAUGGUAGAUAUUUGUAUUUAUACAUAUAUAUAUACUCCUGCUGUUUGGCAUAACUUAAAGGGAUCCUAUGGACUUUUUGAGAAACAAGUCCCUGUGGAAUUCCUCCACUUGUGGCCAAUGGGUGAGCACCUAUCCUGUAUAUAUGCUAAAUUCAGCUGCCCCUGUUUCGCUUACUUAGAAAUAUGGAUGGUGAGCAGGUCCCCCAAAUUUCCUGUGUGUUCCAUGGUCACGGAGCCUACUCCACUACUGUCAUGUCCUCCGAUUUGUGAAAUUCACUUGUUUUGCUGCAUAGUCGGUUCUCUUCCAUAGUUCCUCUGUAUAAUGCAGUUCAUUGCAGAUGCAACUGGGGAAUUGCACUGAAAAUAGAAUAGUGUUUGCAGUGAUGGUCUUCCAACAUGAUGUUCAAUUUUCAAUUAGUUUAUCAAUCGCUGUUCAAUUUUCAGUGUUUUUAAGUCACUGUUUGAUUUUCAGUGUAGUUUUCUAGUCGUUUCUGCAGAAAAAUGACACUAGAAGCCAUUGUAUACGGGAACCGACUGUAUUCUCAGUCAAUUUUAAAUCACAAAUAUAUUUGCUGUACAUGCAUUUUGUUGAUACGUCUGAGGACAUGAAGGUGGGUUGGUCAAGCUGGUGGCCAUGUUAGAGGGCCGAGAUGUGCCUCCGGCCCUAUGCUAGUAUCUUCACCCAUACCCCGAAAUACUGAUUACAGGUGUGAACAAGCUGACCGUUCUAAUUUAAAUAUUGCAUUAAUAGAAGUCCUUUUUUUUUAGCUAUUAAAUUUUUUUUCAAUGUCUAGGAUUAAGUUCGACUGUUAAACAGUCUGGUGUCAAGUUUAACUUUGGUGUCGCCACAGAUCUUUCUGGGCCGAGUGGGCCGCGUGUCUUCCUGGCCGCCCCUUGGCCCGCCCUUUAGUUUUAAAUAAUUGCCCUUUACUGGCCCUGACAAUCCAAAUGUGUUAUAGUGUAGGAAUAUUCUUGUGUGGCUGAUUGCCCAGCUGUUACAUGGGGGCCUGCCCCCAGCUGUUACACGAGAGCCGUGGCUCUAGCUGUUAUAUGAGGACCAGUCUCCGUUACACGGGGGCCUGCCCCCAGCUGUUACACGAGAGCCGUGGCUCUAGCUGUUAUAUGAGGACCAGUCUCCGUUACACGGGGGCCUGACCCCAGCUGUUACACGAGAGCCGUGGCUCUAGCUGUUAUAUGAGGACCAGUCUCCGUUACACGGGGGCCUGCCCCCAGCUGUUACACGAGAGCCGUGGCUCUAGCUGUUAUAUGAGGACCAGUCUCGUUACACGGGGCCUGCCCCCAGUUGUUACACGAGAGCCGUGGCUCUAGCUGUUAUAUGAGGACCAGUCUCCGUUACACGGGGGCCUGCCCCCAGCUGUUACACGAGAGCCGUGGCUCUAGCUGUUACAUGAGGGCCUGUCUCUGUUACAUGGGGGCCUGCCCCCAGCUGUUACACAAGAGCUUUGGCUCUAGCUGUUACAUGGGGGCCUUGGCCAGCUGUUAAAAGGAGGCCUGGCCCAACUGUUACAUGGGGGCCUGGCCCAACUGUUACAUGGGGGCCUCUCCCAACUGUUACAUGGGGGCCUCUCCCAACUGUUACAUGGGGGCCUCUCCCAAAUGUUACAUGGGGACCUCUCCCAACUGUUACAUGGGGGCUUGGCCCAGCUGUUACAUGGGGGCCUUGCCCAACUGUUACAUAGGGGCCCGGCCUUCAGUGCGCAUGAUGGUGCCCUCCGCGUCAAGUAAUUUUGGUCUUUAUUGUACUGUAGAAAGAGUAUAUUUGAUCAGAGACAAUUGUUAUAUGACAUGAUGCGCACAAAUAAUUUAUACGCAAUCACAGUUCCCCAUCCUUGUGCAGUGUGCGAGAAAUGGCAAUGGCCUCGGCCACCUGCAUGUCAUACACGGCCGCGUGUCGUACACAGCUGUGUGUUGUACAUGGCCGCAUGUCGUACAUGACCGCGUGUCGCAUAUGACUGCCAGUGCAAUAAGUGAUUGAUGCUAGCAGCUUGCAAUGUUGAUUGUUCCCGCCCCAUCUCCCUAGCAUUUAAGGAAUACUGUCAACCAUUGUGGAAAAACGCGUGUGUGCGUUUGUACUGUUUUAGCUAUACGCUUUUAUUAUACCACUUCCCAGGCUUUUCAAACGAUGCUUAACGACAAUCCCACAGUGGUAAUGAACACGUUUGCAAAUGCACAUGUGUGUGUGUGUGUAGUUCUGGAGCUAGUUCGAACAACAGUUAUUUUAUCUGGAAAAACGCCAUCUGCAUCCUGAUGUGUCGUUUGAAAAUUCUGGCCUUAGCUUCUGCUAUAUACUUUAAUACCUGUGGUUGCUGGUGUUUUUUUAUGAUCCCCAGACCAGUAUGUUGAGGCCCGUCACAUGUUGCAGAAUAUACGCCAGUUUACCCUUCAAAUACUACAGUCUACCCUUAAAAUACUACAGUCUACCCUUAAAACAUUACUGUCUACCCUUCAAACAUUACUGUCUACCCUUAAAACAUUACAGUCUACCCUUCAAAUACUAGAGUCUAACAUCAUUCUACAGUCUACCUACCAUAGUUUACCAUACAUUCUACCAGUCUACCAUACAUUCCAUCAGUCUAUGAUAAAGUCUACCAUACAUUCUACCAUACAAUCCACCACAGUCUACCAUACAAUUUACCAUACAGUCUACCAUACAAUCUACCAUACAGUCCACCACACAAUCUACCAUACAGUCUACCACCAUGAUGCUAGCUAAGUAGUCUAGUUCCCCAUGAUGCUAGCCUGAUCACUAAGGCUGUUAUUACUGUCAUCUCCCAUUAUAGGGGAGUGUACUGACCUGUUGGUAGUUGUUGGGGUCGAGUCACAGCUCCUGACCAGUCUCUAGGGCAGUGACUGACAGCUGACUGACAGCUCUCUCUUGUAUCUACUGCUGUCUACUAUCUAUCUACUACCUACCUAUAUGUGGUUGCAGGGGCCAAGUCAUAGCUCCUGGGCCUGCCUGUGUGUAUUACCACUUUAAGCCGAAUUAAGUGAGCUUUAAAUCCCUUAAUUUUUAAGUGGACCAUUUGUAGUCCAGGUGGACCAUUUGUGUGGUCCAGGGGACCAGAUGGACCAUUUGUGUGGUCCAGGGGACCAGAUGGACCACUUGUGUGGUCCAGGGGUCCAGAUGGACCACUAGUGUGGUCCAAGGAGUGACUGUUUUCGAAAUAUUUCUGUCUCUGGGGACCCUGUGAGGCUCUUGAUCAGAGGAACUGGAGUUGUCUUGUCCCUGAGCACAGCCCUGAAUCCCUACCGUUGUCCAACGGCCUGUUAAUCCUGUUUGAAAUCUGUUGGAUGUGUGGUUCGGUUUGGUACCAGGGGAAGGUAUUAGGUACCUGAGUCCAGGUGAUGGGUACUAGGUGCUUGUACCUGGGUAGGUAGUGAGGCUAGGUACUGACCUAGGUCCCUGAGGGAUUGUGGGCAAGGCAGCUGCCCACCCCUGCCUACCAUCUGCACGGAAGUGAGGUGUACACAGCCCACCCUCAAUACUAACCACCCUUGGUAUGGUUUUCUGGUAAGCCUUAUACAAGCCACUGGGGACUAGGGACUAGUCUACUAUGCUAGUACAUGUUACUGUCCCACUAUGGGUAAGCCCUACAUGCUUCAAACUAUCCACUAUCCUCCCCUAUCCUAGCAUUCUCCAAUCCACUUCUGGUAUGGCUCUCUGGAAAGCCAUACUGACUUCUGCAAGCCACUAGGGACUAGUCUACUAUGUUAGUACGUGUUACGAUCCUACUGUGGGUAGCCCCUACAUGCUUCAAACUAUCUACUAUCCACCCAUAUCCAGCACACUAUCAGCAUCCCCCUCCCCUAUUACCUAUUUUAACCCCCUUCCCCUACCCUAAAGUGAUCUAUGUACGUGAAAAAGUACCUAUGGCAGGGACGUACGUUGCAAUACAUACGAAAUAAGGACAUUAUCUUAUGGACAUCUUUCUGCUGUAUAUAUAAUAUAAUAUUAAUAUAUAUAUAUAUAUAUAUAAUAUAUAUAUAUAUAUAUAUAUAUAUAAAUAAGGCAGAAGAGGGUCUUAAGAUUGUCGUUUCUUGUGUUUUAGUUAUGUUUUCAAGAUAAUUAGACAUCUUUUAAGAUGGUUUUUAAAAAUCUGUGUCUUCCAGUAGGUAGACAGCUGGCUCCUGUCUUCCAGUAGACAGCUGGUUCCUGUAAGUCUUGCAGUAGACAGCUGGCUGGUUCCUGUCUUCCAGUAGGUAGACAGCUGGCUGUCAUGGGUGUUGAGAUGGCCAGCUGGCUGCUGUAAGUCUUCCAGUAUACAGCUGGUUCCUGUCUUCCAGUAGGUAGACAGCUGGCUGCCGUGGGUGUUUAGAUGGCCAGCUGGCUGCUGUAAGUCUUCCAGUAUACAGCUGGUUCCUGUCUUCCAGUAGGUGGACAGAUGGCUGUCGUGGGUAUUUAGAUGGCCAGCUGGCUUCUGUAAGUCUUCCAGUAGACAGCUGACUCCUGUCUUGCAGUAGGUAUAUAGUUGGCUGCUGUAGGUGUUAAGAUACCCAGCUGGCUUCUGUAAGCCUUCUAGCAGCCAGCCAGCUGUCUCCUGCCCUCCAACAGAUAGCCAGCUGGCUGCUGCUGCAAACCUUCUAGCAGACAGCCAGCUGUCUCCUGCCCUCCAACAGAUAGCCAGCUGGCUGCUGCAAACCCUCUAGCAGACAGCCAGCUGUCACAGGGACAUUAUCAUCAUCCCCUUCAAAUAAACAAACACAAUAAAAGGAGAAAUAAUUAUCACAUAUAACACCUGUAAACCCGUUCCAAAACUGUUCAAUACUUGUUCUACUUAACCAUUGUUACUGUUAUGCUUGUUUAAGCCUAAAUAGCAUUUAUUUAAGAUGUAAAAGGUGUGACUAUAGGCCUAAGUCCUCGUAUCAAAUCCAAUUUCCGUGUAAUUCCUGCUUCUGCUUCUGCUCUAUGGUAUCUAAAACUUGCCUUAAUGCAAUAUUUGCAAUUGAUAGCUCCUGGGCCCAGAGGCUUUACUAAUAGAGCUGGUGGUACCAGGGGCCCCAAUAAAGCCCCUUGUAGGCCUAUAUUCGUUAAUAAAGCAAUAAAUUUUACAUCUAGCCUUCAAUAGGCCUGUGUUUAAAGCUAUCCUAUGAUUCUCCCUAUGCCUAAAAAUCUUUAUUUUUGACAGAGGCUUCAUCAAUAAAGCGCCUGGAGGCCUACCUUCAUCAAUAAAGCAAUUUUGCCAUCCUGGGUGUCUUUAUUGAUGAAUAAGACACAUGUACAACACCUAGGUGUCUUUAUUGAUUAAGACACAUGUACAACACCUGUGUCUCUUUAUUGAUGAAUAAGACACAUGUACAACACCUGGGUGUCUUUAUUGAUGAAUAAGACACAUGUACAACACCUGGGUGUCUUUAUUGAUGAAUAAGACACAUGUACAACACCUGGGUGUCUUUAUUGGUGAAUAAGACACACGUACAACACCUGGGUGUCUUUAUUGAUGAAUAAGACAUGUACAACACCUAGGUGUCUUUAUUGGUGAAUAAGACACAUGUACAACACCUGGGUGUCUUUAUUGAUGAAUAAGACACAUGUACAACACCUGGGUGUCUUUAUUGAUGAAUAAGACACAUGUACAACACCUAGGUGUCUAUAUCUAUGUCUAAAUUUACUAUAUGUCUACGUAUAUCUUGUAAUAAAGGCAAGUAAUAGGGUCUUUAAAAAUAAAGGAAAAUGUCA